AUGUCCACCAUAUUUUUUACUCACACCCACACCCUAUGGCAGGCGUUCGAGUUUGGUGGAAUGACCUAUCAAGUCGGCGAUUGUGUGGCCCUGCAGCCCGAAGAGGACAGCGCUGUUUGGUAUACUGUCAUCACUGAAUUGUUCCAGGCAGGACAGGCCGAUGACCCUCAUGAAAAAGAGCUGUGCUGCAGUGAUCAUGUCGAUCCCAACCCAGUCAAUUGCAUAUCUCACAAAAUUCUUGUCGUGAGCAAGGAUGAGUUUCUUGUCAUAGAGAAGACCAUCCAACGUGAGCUGGAGGCACAGUUUCCAGGCCUCAAGUCCGUUGCUCUGCACAAGAAACCAACAAUGACAGUUGAGGAGGCCUUGAUGCAAGGAAACAAGGAAGAGCAGGAGGAAGACGAGCAUGUCUCCCUCAUGACCGAGAACAACCCAGACCCACUGUCGCAGCAACUGCCGCAACAGUCGCUGGCGCCAGUGGUGGAGCUCGCCGAGGGCGUCACGUCGUCCUUCGAGAUCUCCCGCGACCUCGUCCACGUCAACGCCCAAACCGAUGGAGUGAGCGUGCGGGCCAAGGUGAUGGCUGUGGCGGCCAACGUGGCCGAGCAAGCGCAGGGGAUGAAGAAGCGAUCGGAGGAGCUGGGCCGGUCGACGCUGGAGCAGAUCUCGGUGUCGCGCGAUCUGGUGGCGUCGGGCGACGACGUGGUGCUCUGCAUGCCUGCAGCCAGCCAGGAGUUUGAUGAGAGUCAGCAGCUGAUUAAGGCUACCAAGAAGGGUGAUGUCGCAGAGGUCGAGUUCCUGCUCCUGAUGAUGGGAGCCAAUGUGAACGUCACCACCAGCGCCGGCAAAAGCCCGCUCAUGCUGGCGGCAUCUAGGAAUGAUGUCGCUGUGCUGCGCGUGCUGCUCGACCGUUCUCCAGAGCUGGACGCUUGCUGCAACUUGGGCCGCACAGUGGUGCACUACGCGGCCAGCCAUGGAAGCCGCGAGGCUCUCAAGCUCUUGCUUGACUAUGGAGCGCCACACGAGGAGAAGGACCUGCGCAACUGCACGCCGAGUGAGUUGACCCGCUGCUGCAAGCAUGCCCAGUGCGCCACCAUCCUCAAGGCGCACAGGGCUAAGCCCUACUAG